GUGUUGCUACGCUCCGUCGCGGGUUAUCAUCCACGCUACUUCCCAUACCAUUUGUCAAACAUCCAAUGGGAAGAACUUCCGUCGACGUCCCGUAAUCACCCCCCUCGCGAUAAAACUCCUCAAUCCUCUCUCCGGCUCCACCUCGUUUCACCAAAAAAACUGUGCACCAAACCCCCCUCCCUAUAAAUCUCGAUUCUCCAACUUCAGGACUGGGAAAACACCAACCCUAUCUAGUCCUCAGAAGACGGACGAUAAAGUGGAGAGAGGGAGAGAGAGAGAGCAAAGGAAGGAGCAAGUAGCGCAGAUGAUGGAUCAUCGAAUCUUGUUUCUGAUCGCCUUGUUCACUCUGGCCGCGUCGUCGUCCGCCGGAGAGGAUUCCCUGACGGCGUACCAGGUCCUACAGGCGUACGAUUUUCCGGUUGGGCUACUUCCGACAGGCGUGAAAGGCUACGAGCUGGACAGAUCGACGGGGAAAUUCAAGGCGUAUUUGGACAAGACUUGCACUUUCGAAGUGAGCGGUUACCAGCUCAGGUACCGGUCGACCAUCACGGGGGUGAUAUCCAAGGGCAAGAUCACGAGCUUGAAAGGUAUAAGCGUGAAGGUGCUCCUUUUCUGGGUGAACAUCGUGUCGGUGACUCGGGAAGGCGACGAACUGGAGUUCUCGGUGGGGAUCGCCUCCGCCGUAUUCGAGGUCGAGAGCUUUGCGGAGUGCCCUCAAUGCGGUUGUGGCUUCGAUUGUGUCAACGGAGGGAGGGGGCGCGUGGGCCUCACUUUCAAACGCCUCGCGUCUUCGCUUUUCUAGGGUGAAAUGCUGCUUAUGUGUGUAGCUGCUACUGCUAGCUAGUCAGUAGUCUCUUUGUCUUUUCUGUAGCGGAUUCCACUAUAAAUAAAUUUGAAACCACUUUAUUUUUCUCA